UUGAUUGGCUUCACAGACUCACCUAUAAGCGCGGUAAGCGAUAGUGGCGGCGGCGCGGGUGGCGCGGCACCUCGCUGUUCUCUAUCCACAUAUAUCGCGGCGGGCCAUGGGGUCGUUCUAGGACGGACAGUGGAGCGGCCGCCGCAGUGGCACGCGUGUUUACGUAAGCGCCACGCCCCGGGCCACGCUCCGGCGGAGAGGGGCGCGGCGCAAAGCGCGAAGCACCUCCGGUCGCCGAGGGCCGACUGA